CUUCUCAUCAAGCCAGGUCCCCUUGGGUGAAGAUACUCUCCCAGCUUGGUCGUUUGAUAUACGCCGCCUGCCCUGUCCAUCCGCUGCUGUUUUGGGAAUUAAGCAGCAUCGUCCGGUGGGGGGGAGAAAGGGCCCUAUUGAAUUACUUAUGUACGUAUGUCGAACCAAGUAAAAUCGUUUCCUCUCUCCAUAUUUCCUCUUUUUUUCGUCAUGCCCACGUUUCCCAGGGGUCUGGCUCCUUGGCCUCUUUUUGACAGCCGUCUCAAAACAGUCUUUUCCAGGGACCAGGGCCCGAGGACGGCACUUGUUGCAAGACGAUGUGGUUCGCUGGCCGGUGAAUUAAGUAACCCAGACGGCCCUGCCCUGAUGGAGUCUCGACGUAGAGGGGACGGGCGGAUGAAUGGUUCUUGACUGCAUGUUGUCCCGACCCUCCCCUUCUUUUAGGUUGAAAGUUAUCAGGCUGGAUCCUCGACUUGUCUAAACAACCCCCCCCCCCCUUUCCCCGUGUUUUUGACACAUUCCUUUCUUCUCCACGGCAGGGUCAACUCUGUCCUUCACAGCAUCCCAAAAGGAAGAAGGGGAACACCUUGAUUCGCGUACGCAAGGAUGGCGUCAGACUCCGGGCCCUCACAGCUGCCCGGGCUUCCCGGGUUCGACCCUGACAACAUCCAGCCGUGGACCGUAGAAGUCGUCGUUUCAGUCACCGUCCUGGCGGUCGUGGCUGUCGCUUUACGAAUCUUUAGUCGUCAGACAAAGGGACAGCAACUGUGGUGGGAUGACUACUUGAUCAUUUGGUCGAUGCUAUGGAACCUCGUUGUGGUAGGCUUCAUCUUCGCGAUGCACUCCGUCGGCAUGGGCGUCCACGCCGACAAGGUUGAGAUGGACAACAUCGUCCUGAUGGCCAAGUACCUCGUCGUGGCCGAGAUCCUCUACGCCUGGAACCUCGGGUGGACGAAGCUGAGCCUGAUGCUGAUGUAUUACCGCAUCUUCCACAUCCCCUUCUUCAAAAAGAUGACGUGGUUCGUCACCGCCUUCGUCUUCGCCUGGGUCAUCUGCAUCACCUUCCUCUUCAUCUUCAUCUGCGUCCCCGUCGAGAAGCUGUGGUACCCGGACAUCCCCGGCCGGUGCAUCAACCAAGUCGCGACCUGGAUCGCCAACGCGGCGUCGACCAUCUUCACCGACCUGCUCAUCCUUCUCCUUCCUCUGCCCCAAGUCUGGAAGUUGCAGUUGCAAAAAGCUGAGAAGAUCGCCUUGACCUUUGCCUUUGGCCUCGGCUUCUUCGUCGUCUUCACCUCGGCCUACCGAACCAGCGUCCUCUUCACCUACAGCUCAACCGACCCGACCUACACCCUCGCCCCGACCGUCGGCUGGACCGCCAUCGAGAUGUCGGCCGGCAUCGUCUCCGCCUGCCUGCCGACCAUGCGCCCGGCCAUUCAGCGCAUCGCCCGCACCUGCGGCAUCAAGGGCAGCAUGGGCGGCAUGUUCCGCAGCCCGACGGCCCUCGGCUUCGGCUCGAGCCGGAACAAGUCCAACUUCAGCAACGGCAUGUCGUCGCAGGACCCCAGCGGCGGCGGCUCCCAGAUCGCGCGGAACCUCUCGGCCACCAAGCACGGCGCCGGCGAUGACGCCUUUUACCGCCUGCCCGACGAGAACGGGUCCGACGGCACGAGCCGCCGGCAGACGCCGCCGCUGCCCGAGUCGAAGCUGAGGCCGGACACGACCGGGUUCGGGUACUCCGUCUCGAGCUACCCGGUCAAGGAGAGGGACGACACGAGCGAGGACGAGAUACCCCUCCACGCCAUCCGCGUGCAGAAGGACUUCAAGCAUACGACAGCGACAGAAUAAGGUUAUCAAGAGCUUGCGAUCUCUAGACAGGAAAAUUAGAGGCAUCGGGUGCUGCUUCCUAUUCUAGUUGCUGUCCACAGCGGAUAUCAAGAUUCUGUUGCCCUCGUUGUCUGCGACAUUGGUCACAUAGGAUCAAAAGUUCCUAUAAUGAGACGGAGUUUCUGGGGGUAGAUCUCGCGUGGGUAUCAAAAAAAGAACCGUCCACUGCUGCCACAUGGUGGGCAAUCAGACUUGCACGAACGCAGGAUUUUAGGAUCGCUUGAGAUGUCAUUUGC